AUGAGUGUACGAGUCGUCGCGCGCAUCCGGCCGUUGCUCAAACACGAGCUCGACAAAGACACCAUUGUCACCGCCGAAUCUAGUACAGACGACAUCACCAAAGACCGACCGACCAUCGUUCGCCUUCCGAACCCGAAAACCGACAGCGAAUCCUUCAGCUUCCAAUUCUCCUCGGUCUAUGAGCAGGAGGCCACGCAGCAGGAAUUGUUCGAUUCGGAGAUCUCUCCCACCGUGAAGCACCUCUUCAAUGGCUUCGACCUCUCGAUAUUUGCGCACGGAUGUACUGGUACCGGCAAAACACACACGAUGCGAGGCGGAAAGACGUUGGCGGAUCGAGGUGUUAUUCCCAGGUUACUGAGCGCCAUAUAUCGAAGGUGUAAGAAGGUAGAAAAGGAUACGGGAGGUGCGACACAAGUCGAGGUUGCAUUGGAAUACUUUGAAAUCUAUUGCGAUCGGGUGUACGACCUGUUCGAGCCUCCAGAGAAGCGUACACCCUCUGGGUUGCCCAUCAGGGACAGCUCCAAGGGCAAAACUGUUGUAGUAGGCUUGACUGAGAAGCCGUGCGCGACUUUGAAGGAAUUCGAACAACUAUACGACCAGGCCAAUGUCAACAGAUCGACUUCUGCAACCAAGCUCAACGCGCACUCAUCGCGAUCGCACGCCAUCCUUUGCGUCAAGAUCACUCAAAUCACAGAAGAUACGAUACGAGUCAGCCGAGCAUCCUGCAUAGAUCUUGCGGGAUCGGAAGACAAUAGACGGACAGACAAUAACAAGGAGAGACUGGUCGAGAGCUCCGCAAUCAACAAGUCCUUGUUUGUUCUAGCACAAUGCGUCGACGCUAUCAACAAGAAACAAACUCGGAUACCGUACCGCGAGUCGAAGAUGACCCGAAUUCUGUCAUUAGGACAGAACAGCGGUCUCACAGUAAUGAUACUCAACCUAGCGCCCACACGAGCAUACCACCUGGAUACCCUCGCAUCCCUCAACUUUGCCUCCCGGACGAAGAAGAUCGAAGUGUCCGAAGUCGAGAACGACCCUAUCUAUCGAGCAAUGACAAAGCCUCUCGCUGCAACAAGCAGCAUCGGAGGUGCUACCAUUGCGCGGCAACCUCUCAGACCACUGGCUGCGGCGCAUAACGCGAAUAUGCAGGAGGUGGAGAAGAAGAAGCAGGGACAGAAGCCAAACAAGGCUUUCUCUGUGUAUUCAGAUUCCCGCAAACCUAGCACGCGUGGGUCUAACUUGGCUACCCUGAACCAACCUAUCCGGCGAGUAGACACCCAUAAACGAGCUGCAGAGUCCAGUGCUUCCACGUCUCGACCAACAAAAACAUACCGAUCGGCCGAUAGCACGUCGCGAGCGCGCGGUCUCGAGAGCGCCAUGACCAAGGAAUCUAUUGAGGCGAUGAUAUCUCAGCGAAUAGAUGAGAAGCUUGCGGAGAAGGCAUUACAAGAUGCCGCAGUCUCUGCGCCAGCUCUAUCCGCAGAGCUACAGCGUCGAUUGGACGAUUUAGAGCACCGCGUUGAAGCUCGGGACGAUGACAAGUCGGGACCAGGACUGCAGUUUCUGCUCAUGGGCAAGCAGCACCUGACACGUGGAGAAGAAGUCAGCGCCCUUCGCAUGUUCCAGCUAGCUUUACCUUACUUCCCCGGCAACAGCAGACUGGAAACAAAGAUCGCUAAAUUGGAAGAGAGCAUUCGUAGUCGACAAAAAGCUGUGUCUGCAAUGACACAUGCAGCACCUGUUCAGGCGUCGAAUUUGAUGGCACCUUUGCCCCUAAAGCAAAGGAAGUUAGUUUCUGGAGAUGAAACUGACGAUGAUGAAUUCGCACCCCCUGAUGGCUCCGAUCACGACGAGGCCUACGCCUCAGACUCAAGCUUCAAGUUCAAGAAGCCCGCACGCAAGACGAAGUCCAUGACUAAGAAGCUGCCAAUCUUCCGCGACCAGGACGGUGCGGCUUACUGCACGAACCCUGAGGAUCAGACACCUCGUACCACUCGUCUGCUCAAGAUCAUCAACACAAAGGACAUCGCGCAGAUCAAAGCGCUGAAAGGUGUGGGUGCCAAAAAGGCAGAUGCAAUUGUGAACUGCUUAGUCGACAUGGACGACGAGGAGGUACGGGAUUUGCAGAUGCUAGCAAUGCUGAAGGGCGUUGGGGGAAAGUCGGUAGAAACCAUGAGGUUGGGACUGACUAUUGAGUUAUAA